UACACCUCCCACGCUUCCAUCGUUCCCGAUAUCCGCAUCAUCACCUCGAUUUACUGCUUGGCUUCUCUGACUUUGCCCUAAUACCCUGCGGAAACGCCGCUCCACAUACAACAACAACAACAACAACAACAACAACAACAGCAGACUGGAUAUACACAAUGGACAAAUCGACACCGCCCAAGAAACCCGCCUCGUCGGCGAGUGCAAGCUACGUCUCGUCCUCUGGUCGUCUACUUGAAACACCUCCUCUCUCCGCCCGCAUCUCCCGCCUCGGCGACGACAUCUACAACUUCCUCGGCCUGUACUUCGUGUCUCUGUUCAGUCUCGACCCCUACACCGCGGCGCAGAACAGUCAAUUCAACCUGCGCGGCCGACCGAAUGCCUACCAAGAUCGUGCGCGGUGGGGUGGCGUGAACCGCACCGGAGGCGCAGGAGGGACUACGGGCGGCGGCGGCAGUGGGACUUCAAGAGGUGGCGGUUCUGGAGGAGGUGGCGGCGGCGGCGGCGCAGGAAGACGGUUCGGUGGAAUUGACGACGUUAGAGGGCCUGAGUGUGGAAGUUGUGGAUGAGAUGGCCCUUAGAGGAAGAUGACGGAUGAAGAUAUGAGCAUUGGCGUACGGCGCAGGGCGUACCAGGUUUAUGCAUUAUGGGACUUGCGCACAGAUAUCAAUCAGGCAUGUAGCUUCUAGAUCUGGGCCGUCUUGACGACGGGGGCAUUUCCUUCUCGAGAGGCGAAGAAGGUCUGUCUUCGCACCAUAGCCCCUCAAUACAUCGAUUAUCGAGACA